UUCUUGAGUUUCUACUUGUAUUCUCUCAACCUCAGCACUCUUUCUCUCUCUACCUUGAGAGACACCAAAAAAACUCACAAACUUUUUUCUUGAGCUUUUCCUCGUAUGGUAUCUAAAUCUUAUUUCCAUUAAAACAAUUUAUUACAGGGAGAAAACCAAAACCCACUUUUGUCGGUUCGUUCUCCUCAAUAGUUUCUCGACUUUUUGUCAUUCUUUUUCAAGAAAAAGAUUGAAUGAAAGGAAACCAAAAAGACUCGUCGGGUGUAUCCAUGUACCGACCGGGUGGAAAACUAAUGAUCUGGCUCAUCCUCUUCACCUCCGUCACUUACAUCAUCUACACUCUCAAAAUCGUCUCCACUUCACGCGCUUGCCAAUAUCUUACCUUCUCCGAGACCAUUCUCCAACAAAGGCCACAGAAAAAGGCGACUACGACUGCGUCUGCGGCUGAGGCGGUUGCAGGGGAGCACGAAGCGACGGAUCUAAACCACGUGGUGUUCGGUAUCGCCGCGUCGUCGAAGCUGUGGAAAAAGAGGAAAGAGUAUAUCAAGAUUUGGUACAAACCCAAGAAGAUGAGAGGCUACGUGUGGUUAGACAAGGAGGUAACCGACGCCGGAGAUCAAGAAAACCUCCCGCCGAUUAGAAUCUCGGGCGACACGUCGUCGUUUCCUUACGCCAACAAGAAAGGAAGCAGAUCGGCCAUACGGCUCUCGAGGAUCGUCUCCGAGACGCUGAAGCACCUUGACUCUGAUUCGAGGGAGAGCGUGAGGUGGUUCGUGAUGGGCGAUGACGACACGGUCUUCGUCACCGAUAAUCUGAUUAGGGUUCUGAGGAAGUACGACCACGGGCAGAUGUAUUACAUUGGGAGCUUGUCGGAAUCUCAUUUGCAGAACAUUUUCUUUUCUUAUGGAAUGGCUUACGGUGGAGGCGGUUUCGCUAUUAGCUAUCCGUUGGCUGUGGCUUUGAGCAAGAUUCAAGAUCGGUGUAUACAGAGGUAUCCGGCUUUGUACGGUUCCGAUGAUCGUAUACAAGCUUGUAUGGCUGAGCUUGGAGUUCCAUUGACCAAGGAGCAAGGUUUUCAUCAAUACGACGUUUAUGGAAACUUAUUCGGCCUCCUCGCUGCCCACCCGGUAACGCCGUUCGUAUCAAUGCACCAUCUCGACGUGGUGGAACCCAUCUUCCCAAACAUGACCCGCGUUCGUUCCAUCAAGAAACUAACCACACCGAUGAAGCUCGACUCGGCCGGACUACUCCAGCAAUCAAUAUGCUACGACAAGUACAAGAGCUGGACGGUUUCAGUGUCAUGGGGAUACGCGAUCCAGGUGUUUCGCGGAUCGUUCUCUCCGCGAGAAAUGGAAAUGCCUUCUAGAACUUUCUUGAAUUGGUACAAAAAAGCAGAUUACACCGCCUAUGCAUUCAAUACAAGGCCAGUGAGUCGCAAUCCAUGCCAAAAACCGUUCGUUUUCUACAUGUCGGGUGCGAAAUUUGACAAGCAAUUGAACACUACGGUUAGUGAAUACACGAGGCAUAGGGUUCCGCAUCCGGCUUGUCGGUGGGAGAUGACUAACCCGGGGGGGAUCAACACUAUAGUAGUCUACAAAAGACCGGACCCUCACCUAUGGGACAGGUCACCGAGAAGGAAUUGUUGCAGGGUAUUACAAACAAAGAGGAAUAAUACAUUAUGGAUCAAUGUUUGUGUAUGUAGAGCAGGUGAAGUUACUGAAGUCAAGUAGAUUCCAGUUUUUUAAUAAGAUAAAAUUUGGAAGAGAAACAAUCAGAGGCUUUUAGUUAGGCUUUCCACUCUUAUAGUUUUGCUUUUUAUGAGAGAGACCUCUAUAACAAUUUCUUGUUAUUAUUACAUCUUUCUUUAGCCAUGACAAAAGAAUUGUUGUAAGUGAUUUAGAUAUAAUAUGAUUUACCCAGCAGUUAUAUGAAGGAUUAUAUAUAAUAUGAUUUA